AUGGCACAGGUCCGUCUCCGCUGUGAGGACUACAGCGUAGGUUGGGUGUGCGCCCUUCCCAUCGAGCUGGCCGCAGCGCAGGAGUUGCUAGAUGAGGAACAUGACAGGCCAGACUACAAAGCCCCCCGUGGAGAUACCCUCUAUACCUUUGGACACAUCAAUCAACACAAUGUGGUGAUUGCGUGCCUUCCUGCUGGUCAAAUAGGAACCAGCAUUGCCGCUAUGAUGGCUACCCGAAUGACAGCUACAUUCACCUCCAUACGGUUUGUCCUGAUGGUGGGAGUCGGUGGAGGAAUCCCUAGCCAGAAAGCUGAUAUUCGUCUGGGCGAUGUCGUCAUCAGCCAACCAGGUGAGCAGCAUGGCGGAGUGGUGCAGUACGAUUUUGGAAAGGACGUCCCACAGGGUUUCAGGCGAUCUGGAACUCUCAACAAGCCUCCAACUAUCUUUCUUCAAGCCAUCAACAACCUGAAAGCGAAGCAUCUGCGUAGGAAGAGUGCGCUCGCAGAAUACCUGUUGCCACUGAGCAAUCAACGUACGUUCAUCCGCCCGGAAACUGAUGAUUUAUUCAAGUGGGAUUACGAACAUGUUGAAGGGCCCACAUGCGAGAAGUGUGAUCCACAAAAUCUAGUCAAGAGGCCACUGCGACAGAACAAAGAUGUAAUGGUUCAUUAUGGAACCAUAGCGUCGGGGAAUCGUGUGAUCAGGGAUGGAAAGACCCGUCAGAUGCUCAGAGACCAACUCGGCGAUAUCAUAUGCUUUGACAUGGAAGCCGCCGGAUUGAUGGACUGCUUUCCAUGCCUUGUGAUCCGAGGGAUAUGCGAUUAUUCUGACUCUCACAAGAAUAAGGACUGGCAGCCCUAUGCCGCCAUCGCUGCCGCUGCAGCGACAAAGGAGCUGCUGUCCGUGAUACCCGCAACACAAGUCAGGGAAAUGCCCUCCGCUGACCCAGCUACUGCUAAGUUGGAAGCCCUUCAAGUUGCUAUUGACAAGUUCAAGAUGGACGAGGUUCGGCGCUCACUACUAGUAGUGGGUUCUGCUAUGGUAAAGACCUGUUAUGAUCUACCUAUAGAAAGAACUGAAUAUCUCUGGGUCUUCAAAAACGUGGAUUUUCAAAGGUGGUAUUAUAGCCAAUCUUCUCAGAUACUGUGGCUUUCCGCGCAAAAUCAGUCCAGUCUCUGCAAUGUCGCUCGGCACGUCUUGGACGACUGUUACAAUAAGCAGCCCCCCGCUCAAAGAUUCAAGCUUAUCGCGUUUUGCUCUCCUGGGAAGGAAGAAAAGCUAUCAGGCAUCAAGGUCUUUCAUACCAUCUUUCUUCAACUCCUACUUACUCUGUCGGAGGAGCAGCAGAUGGCUGUGUCUCGAAAGGUCCUUCAAAGUCUCUUUUACGGAAUUGUUAAAAGCAGACGAGAGAGUAAGAUGGACAAUGCCAUCUCAAAGUGGAGCAUCUUUGAGAGGAUAGGGCUAAUUCUAGAUGCUCCGAUUCAUGAUAUAGCUGCAGCUUUGGAAAUUGCCAUCAGUGCAGAGGUGCGGGAUCUGUGGCUUAUUCUAGAUGGGAUCGACAAGGUUGAGAUACAUGGGGACUUCAUCGAAAAUGUCCGUAGAUUUGUCAAUAAUCUCGAUAAGAAAGUCUCCACAGUCCACAUUCUGCUGACCAGCCAAAGUGACCCUGUCUUGAGCAAGGCCUUCGAUGGAAUACCAUUUAUAGAACAUGACAAGGAGAGAAAAGAAUGCCUUCAGAGCCUACGAUUUCAUAAUACCCGAUUUGAUAAGAUCUCAAAAGGACACAAGGGCUCUUUUGACUGGUUGUGGGCACAUGAGGAAUAUGAAAAGUGGUCUGUUUCAAAUUCCUCGCAACUCUUGUACGUCCAAGGGAAACCAGGAAGCGGCAAAAGCACAUUGGCAAAACACUUCGUUAACAAUCUCGUCGCCAAGCUCCCACUGGCAUGCGAUGCCGUAAUUGCGAGAUUCUUCUACAGCUUUCGUGAAGGGGAGUUACAAACCAGUCAUUACAGCAUGCUGCUAAAUAUCCUCUACGAUAUUCUUAGCCAGGACGAAUCCUUCUUCUAUCAUCACUUCCAGUCCAGAUAUCGGCGUCUCAAGAUGGAAUUGCAACGCUCCUCGAAUGAAAGUGUGGAGCGAGUCAGCUGGGACUACGAAGUUCUGAAAGAACAGCUCUCCUCAUUAGAGGAUCAUUGCUCUCUCAGACCAAUUUUCCUUGUUAUCGAUGCAGUUGAUGAAUCCGACACGGAUGAUAGACGGGAGAUCCUUACGCUUCUCUACGGAAUUUGUGCGACUACGAAGCAUUGCACGCUGAAAAUCUUUGUUGCCAGCCGUCCUGUGGCGCAUGAGCCCUCUCGGGGAAGCUCCCAUCACUUUAUCAAGCUCCAGAACGAAACAAAGGCGGAUAUUGCUAAAUUUGCCCGCAGCUUUCUCAAUGGACUUGAAUCUACCCCUUUUAUGGACCUGGCUAUUAACUUUAUUGUUCAAAAUGCCCAAGGUGUAUUUCUUUGGGUAGAACUAGUGGGACGGGAGCUGGUAUCUCUCGCUGAAGGGGGCUAUGCGGCAAGAGACAUUUUCGCAUACCUCAAAGAGCUCCCAAAAGAACUUGAAGCCUUCUACGUCAUGAUGUUCCAACGCAUGAAACACGAUAGGCGCAACCUCCGCGACGGCUUGAAGAUAUUCCACUUCGUUCUUUUUUCAGCUCGCCCUCUGCGAGGAAAUGAGCUACUUCAUGCCCUUGGCAUCCAGGCUGAGCCAGAUGUUGAGAUCAAUGUUUCCGACGAAUCAUUUCAGGCGUGCCUUCCCACAGACCUGACUCGCCGACUGAUAAGCUGUGGUGGAAACUUUUUGGAAAUACAAUUUGCUGGUUUGGACCCUGGUUCUGCCGGCAUCGUGGACACGCCCAAGCAAACCGGAACCGUCCAGGUAAUACACCAAACGGUCCGUGAAUUCUUUCUCAACAAAGAAGGAUGCGUUGCAAAAUCAGAAUUCCAAAUUAUCAGCAGAGAUGCACAUAGGUGCAUUGCCAUUACCUGUUUGCGAUACCUUACCUUUUGCAUGGCAGGUAGCUCAUCGCAGGAAAUGGAAAUGGAACUAUACAACGAUGGUUGGGAUACGGAGUGCUUCGCGGCCUGUGCUAGCUAUUUGCAGUCGAGACCACUUCUAUGCUAUACCUUGGAGCACCUCCAGCAUCACUUACAGCACCUUGAGCAAGACGCAUUCACAAAUGAAACCAUAACUAGUGUGUUCGAACGAAUCAGGCAUUUUCCUGCUUCUUAUUUGCUAGAAGGCUGGACGAAGUCAGUGCUGUACACACCAGAGAUCCGCCCUGGUCUGCAUAGGAACGCAACAAAAUUCCGCAAUCAAAUGUUACAUGCCGCCUGCAGAAAAGGCUAUUCGCUAGCAGUCGAAAUACUACUGCUUUUGGGGGUAGAUAUUGAUUCUAAGGAUGAAUCAGGCUCGACGCCAUUGUGGAGGGCAGCGGAGCAUGGACAUGAUGACACUGUAGUGCUCCUGAUGGCAAAGGGUGCCGAUAUCCGCUGCCAAAACAAAAACAAGCAAACUGCGCUUUCCCGGGCCGCAUCUAAUGGCCACGAUGCUGUCGUGAUGCGUCUGGCUGAUUCUGUUCCACACUCACCAGACGAUUCUUCGGAAACCCCGCUAUCGUAUGCAGCCGCAAAUGGUCAUGUCGAGGUCAUUCGAGUACUCCUUGAUGAAAAGAGAAGGAACCUGCCAUAUCAUUCGGAUCCAACGGUGACGAAUAGCUCCCAGCAAACCGCUGUGUCCCAAGCAGCCGCAAACGGACACCGGAACGCUGUGCAGGCCCUCAUAGAUUGCGGUGCCAGCAUUGAGGUAGAAGAUAGCUUUGGAAUGACGCCACUGUUUCAUGGGGCACGAACCGGGAAUGAAACGAUGGUACGAAUCCUGAUGGGACAUGGUGCUUCCAUUCAUCGCAGGGAUACGUACGGAGAAAUGCCGCUUACAUGGGCAGCACAAAACGGGCAUGAGGGAAUGACUAAGAUGUUACUGGAGGCAGGAGCCCCAGCAGAUGAGACAGACAGGGACGGCCGUACUCCUCUCUCGCGUGCCGCGGGAAAUGGCCAUCUACCGGUGGUCACUCUCCUACUCCGACAUGGAGCUGCGGUUGACUCUCGGGACGUAUUUGAUCGCUCGCCCCUGUCGUGGGCUGCCUCUGGUGGAUAUACCGCGACAGCAGAUUUGUUACUCCAAAACGGUGCGCAAGUCGACUCCCAGGCUCAAGAUGGACGCACACCACUCGCGUGGGCAACAGGAAAGGGACACAGGGAGACAGCCAAAUUGCUUAUCGACGGCAAGACCCGUGUUGACCGUGCUAUCCAUAGCAGGCAGAGGCCACUGAGCAGGGCAACUGAAUUCCUUCUUACCGAAGUAACAAAUCGGCUUCAUGAACGGGGUGCUGAUCGCAUUGGUAGUAGCUCCCGCAUUCCAAUGCGGACUUCCGCGGCUAGUAAUAGAACGCCGCACCUAGUGAGCACAGGAUAUACCAUGAGACGCUCUUUCGCGCAGCGCAAUGACAGGGGUUUGCCGUCGUACCGUGGUAACACAUAUCAGGGCGGAGCUUUACGAGGGAGCUCGAGACAACGUGGGAUAUCGGAUGUAGUGUCAUCCACUGAACCGUCAAAUUCAUCCACUGAAGUCUCCACUUCCAGUACUCCUAAAGCUAUUGUGGAGAGGCAUUUCCGGGAAGAAGAGACCCACUGGGAAGGGCGAUACGCUAGUAAUUGGCCCGUGGAGACGAAUCAGGCGCUCUGGGGAAACCAGCCUACUACUGACCGCGAGGGAGAGAGACCUACAUUUCUCAUGGAUGACACACGUUCACGCAGGAAGAGAGAGCACUCCCCUUCGGAAGAGAACUCUCCCUCGCCCAAAAGACGACGAGCUGAGGCGCUGUGA